GCUGAGAGAAGAGCGCUCAGGAGGAGAGUGUUUGGGAAAGCAGCGAUACGCCGCUGUUGUUUUCUCCUAAAACACCAAGUGACAGAAGCUCCUCUUCUUUCUGCCAGCGCUGGUCCACAGUCCUCUUACUUCCUCUCUUUCCAUCUCUGAGUCUGUCUGAUGACUUCUCUCACCGGCUCACUUAGACCCGGCUACAGCUGCCUGACUGAGAGCGCUGACACUGGGACCACUACCUGCUGCCUGGGGAUUAAGCGCGCUAUGAAUACCCGGAGACUCAUUUGUUGUUUUGGCUGCCAGUGAGUGUUGGAUCCCCACAGAGGAAGAGCUGGUGCAUAAAUCCCAGUGACCAGGAAACCUGGAGCGCUCCUGGACUACGGCAAUGUUGUGGAAAAAGGACUGGAUGCUUGUGGAAGCGUAAAAACACAAACCAGAGCAAGAAAGAACAACUGGCCAAGUUCUUUCCUGGAGGGCAAGACUAGAAAUCAGCCAGUCUUACAAGGAUCAAGACGCGAUGAGAACCUUUUCCUCUCAUUAUGUGGUUGGGGUUCUCUGACACGAGGGAUGAAAGCCCAACAAAUCUCCGCCUCGAGCUUCUUGCUUGAUUUGUGAUCACCCACAGGCUUUUCUCCCUUUCUUUCCAUGAGUUUAUUCUUUCAGAUUCUCUGAAUUUUCCUGCUCAUCCGCAGACAAGACGGCUGACAGGUCUAGUGGGGAUUGCGAUCGUUCCCGUGUCCAACUUUUCCCCCUUCUCCGACACUUCUGACCUGCUUUCAGCCCCAGUGCACCAGCAGGGUGGGGGGCAGAUGCUUACCAACUCGAUGACACUGCCUGGGAAUAAAGGUUAUUGAACCGAGGAGGAGUGGCAGCCACGCAGGGGAGGAAAAAAUCAAACCAUCUCCGAGUACCCCGGAGCAUAUGGUUUAGCGAAGGAGAGCCAGCUGCCUCCAAGCCAUCAGGCUAAUCACGCCACGGCAGAUACAAGUUGCUCCAGUGACGGUGGAUCUUACCCGCUGUGGUCGUAUUUCUCUUCUCUCUGACAGCAGCUCCCAGACCAUAAACCAAAACCGCCAGACUGGUGGAUACAAAGAAGCAGUUGUGUUGAGUUAGUAGCACGUUGGGUAAAUCAUUGCUCAGGAGGGAAGCUAAUCCCUGCUGACCUAAAGGCAGAAGCCACAGGGAGGCUAAAAAAGAUGCUCGCCUGUCCCCUCUUCGGGAGUACUUGUGACACGUGUUGUUUGUGAGCAGCAGACCUUGGCCUGCUUUAUAGAGGCUUUUGACAAGGAAGGAAGGGGGGGUUUCUCUAGGAUCCUGCAUCCCCCGACCCCUUCCACAUCCAUUUAAUUACCAGCCAGGGUCACUGCACCGAAGGAGAUCAUUCCUCUUGUGGAUUUACUGUCACUCUGCUCUGCUUGGAAGUUUUCCGUGUGGAUAUUUGACUUGUCCAAAACGCCCACGCCAGUCCUGAUGCCCUCACACAGAUACACGUAAAAAGCGCACAUUAACAGUCACAUUAAGACCACCCACUUAAAUCCACACACAUGUUGUAACUGUAAGUAUUCACCACUUCACAGCACACAUACAUAGUUGCACAUUCAAAGCCCAUUAGUUGGUGGUUUCCCACACUAGAAUGGAGGUCGUGUGGACAGGCGGGGGGCUGUAGGAGUCCAUCACUGUCCUCUUUGCUGUCCUCUUUCACCAAAUGGAUGUUAUUACCUCAAAAAAUGCGUUGCUUGGAAACCACUGAAAGCGUCCUGCUGCGAUUUUCUGGAAGAAAAAGUCACCGGGUUCCCGCCACGGUGCACGGCUGGAACCACAGCUGAAACGCCGUCCCAUCACGCAUCUUUUUUUUUUCACUUUUUAGUUUAACUUCAUCUUCAUCCUCUGGUUUCACACCACCGCCAUCAUUUUCUCCAACGGGUCUUUGGGCAGCGCUCGCCGCCCUCCGCGGCCCAUCAUCUCCUCCACUCUGGAGGGGAGAGGGUCGUUGGAGUGGAGCAUGAGCGGGUGCCACUAUCCCUCGCCAACGCCACCGGAGCAGGACCGGAGGUACCAGCAUAAGGUGUCUCUGGUGGUGCGAUACUUCAUGAUCCCCUGCAACAUCUGUCUGAUCCUGCUGGCAACUUCGACACUGGGCUUCGCGGUGCUCCUGUUCCUCAACAACUACAAACCUCCUCACUUCACACCGGCACAGCCUCCUGAUGGCUGCAGAGGGAUGCUGUGCGGCUUCGGUGCUGUUUGCGAGCGUGACCCAGCAGACCCGACCAAGGCUGAGUGUGUCUGCAAGAGAGUAGAGUGUCCAUCCUUAGUGGCCCCAGUUUGCGGCUCGGAUUCAUCCACCUACACCAACGAGUGUGAGCUGGAAAAAGCUCAGUGCAACACACAACGACGCAUCAAGGUGCUGCGUAAGGGACCCUGCUCUUUGAAGGAUCCCUGCUCCGAUGUGACCUGCAGUUACGGAAGCACCUGCGUCCAGUCCUCAGAUGGCCGGUCGGCGAAAUGCAUGUGCCCCCUCGGUUGUGAGGGCAAAGCAGAACAGACGGUGUGUGGCAGCGAUGGGAAGGACUACCGCAACGAGUGUGAGCUUCAUCAGCACGCCUGCAAGAGCCAGAAGAAUCUCAGAGUACAAUACCAGGGCCACUGUGACCCAUGUAAAGACAGCGAGAACAGUGUGAACACCAUGUGCAGGGUGGAGGCUCUCACCCGGCAGCCCCUAAUCUUUGGCCUGCCAGAGUCCUGCCCCCCUGGUAAUGAGCCUGUGUGUGCCAGCGACGGACAAACCUACACCAGUGAGUGUGCCAUGAAGUCUACAGGCCUGCAGAAGGGAGUCAAACUCAAGAAGAUCCACGCUGGAAGAUGCAGAAGGCUGGAGGACUGUCAGGAGGAGUGUCUCUUCAAUGCCGUGUGUCUGGUGGAGCAUCUGAGCGCCCACUGCUCCUGUGAACCCAUCGAGUGCGACGGCAUCUACAAACCUGUGUGCGGCAAAGACGGCCACACCUACACCAACGACUGUACGAGGCGCAAGGCAGAGUGUGUGAGCAGGACCCUCAUCCCCAUCAAGCACCAAGGGCCCUGUGAUCUCAACGAGCCCAGCCCCUGUUUGGAAAAGGAGUGCGAACACGGAGCGGUGUGCGUGGUCAAGAACAACGAGCCAGUGUGCGAGUGCCCUGAGGCCUGCCCACAAACGGCUGACCCAGUGUGUGGAUCUGAUGGCCACAGCUACGGCAGCCCCUGUGAGAUGAGGGCCAUGGGCUGUGCCCUGCAGAGAGUCAUUCAGAUCCAGCAUAAAGGACCCUGUGAUGAAGCUUGUGCCAACUGCUCAUUCGGUGCAAUCUGCGAUGCCCAGAGCGGCCAGUGUCUGUGUCCAUCGGAGUGUGUGAACUCCCACCAGCCCGUGUGUGGCAGCGAUGGCGUCACCUACCAGAGCGAGUGCGACCUGCAUGUCCAGGCCUGCAAAGACCAGACGGACAUCCGAGUGGUCAGCCAGGGAGAGUGCAAGACAUGCGGCAGCACAGUGUGUGCCUGGGGAGCCCGGUGUGUCCAGAAUAAGUGUGAGUGCCCGCAGUGCACAGGCGAGGCCUUCUCAGUGGUGUGCGGAAGCGAUGGCACCACCUACAACAACGAGUGCGAGCUCCGUCUGUCGUCCUGCAUGCAGAAAAAGAGGAUUGAUGUGACAAAGCCGGGCAGCUGCGAUGAAGACUGCGGCUCAGGAGGGUCAGGCUCAGGCGUGGAGAGCUGCGAACAGGACCGCUGUCGCACGUUCGGAGGCUCGUGGGACGAGGACGCCGAGGACGAUCGAUGCAUGUGUGACUUCAGCUGCCAGAGUGUGCCUCACAACCCGGUGUGUGGCUCGGAUGGAAAAACCUACGACAAUGAGUGCGAGCUGAAGAAGGCCAGAUGUGAGAAACAAGAGCACUUGUUGAUACAGAAUCAGGGACCGUGUGCAGCAAUUUCAUCCACAUCUCUUCCUGAGCUGACAGAACCCCAGCACUGCAGUCAGUCUGUGUACGGCUGCUGCCUCGACAACGUGACAGCCGCCCUGGGAGUUGGAUUGGCCGGGUGUCCCAGUACCUGUCAGUGUAACAUUUACGGCUCCUACAAAGGAUCAUGUGACCCAGCCUCCGGUCAGUGCUCCUGCAAGCCGGGCGUCGGGGGGCAGAAAUGUGACCGCUGUGAGCCGGGCUUCUGGAACUUCCGUGGCAUUGUGACUGAAAACAUGAGCGGCUGCACACCGUGUAACUGCGACGCCACAGGCUCGGUGCGAGACGACUGUGAGCAGAUGUCAGGUCUGUGUUCCUGCAAGACGGGGGUGAAGGGCAUGAAGUGCAACGUGUGUCCAGAUGGAAGCAAGAUGGGCAUGAACGGCUGCGACAAAGGUCCCGAGGCCCCGACUUCAUGUGAAGAGUUGGAGUGCAAUUUUGGAGCUUCCUGCAUUGAAGUGAACGGCCAAGCUCACUGCGAGUGUCCGUCCCCCGACUGCGAUGAGAAAAACAAAACAAAGGUGUGCGGCUCAGAUGGGGUGACCUAUGCUGACCAGUGCCAGCUGAGGACCAUCGCCUGCAGGCAGGACAAGGACAUCACAGUGCAACACUUUGGACAGUGCACAGAAACCAUCUCAGAGACAGCCGACAGACCCACCCCCACCCCCCUCGCCACCACUGCUGCCGCCACCAUCACCACCCCCGCCCCCUUCUACCCUAACCAGGUGUGGGGCAUCCCGCCUCCGAGGACGGCUGAGAUAGAGGCAACCGAGCAGCCCCCAGCCACCACCCCCCUUUCCGCCAUCACCCACAACCGUGCGCGAGCAAACCCCCUCCAACCCAUCCACAUCAAGCCGCCGAAAUCCACCGCUGCCGCCACCACCUCCUCCCAUCGCAGCAGCCCUGCUCCGUCCUCUGCCGCCACCUCCUUUGAGGGUUCGGGCAGUGGGGAGCCGAGCGGGGACGACCAGACCGAGGAAGAGGAGGAGCCAGAAGAGGAAGCAGGUAGCGGUGUUCCAACGGAGGCCAGUGGGGCAGAGGAGCCUGUCGGUCCCACAGUGGCCAGCACCACUGUUCCCACGGCUGAGGACCGGUCAUCCUGUGACAAUACCGAGUACGGCUGCUGCCCUGACGGCAAGACUCCAGCAAGCACCCCAGAGGGCGCCAACUGCCCCUCCACUAUGAAGUUCAGAGGCUUCCUGCACCUGGACCAGGUGGAGGGACAGGAGAUUUUCUACACCCCCGAGAUGGAAGACCCCAAGUCAGAGUUGUUUGGAGAGACGGCCCGCAGCAUUGAGAGCGCUCUCAAUGAGUUGUUCAGGAAGUCGGAGGUGCGCAAAGACUUCAUGAGCGUUCGUGUCCGUAACCUGGCACCCAGCAAUUCCAUCCUUGCCUUUGUGGAGGCACACUUCAAACCAGAUACGAAGUACUCUGUGGAGGACAUCAAAGGAGCCCUGCUGAAGCAGCUGAAGGCCUCCAAAGACACCAGCAUUGCUGUGAAGAAGCCAGAGGAAGAGAAUAUCCGCUUCUCCAAUAAUGUUCUUUCCUCCGUCCCCUUCUUCACCACCACGUCCACCACCACUACAGCGUCCGUCACCACAGCCGCUCCCACCACACCAGCUCCAGUCACCACUACCAAACCUCCGUCCACGACCGCGUACUUCACCCGUCGCCCUUACAGGCGUACCACCACAACCUCAGCGCCCGUCACAACACGACCUGUCCCAGCAAAAACAGAAGCUGUCACCACGACCGCGCUGCCUCCUACAACCACCGUGUCCCACAUCAGUGGAAGGCUUCAUCACAAGGGGCAGAUGCCGUGCAGCUCUCACCCCUGCCUCCAUGGGGGAACCUGCGAGGAUGAUGGCAUCGACUUCACCUGCAAGUGUCCCGCUGGGCGAGGAGGCGCUGUGUGUGAGAAGGUGAUCCAUUACUUCAUCCCUUCAUUCGGAGGCCAAUCAUACCUGGCAUUCCAAACAAUGAGCGCCUAUCACACCGUCCGCAUUGCCAUGGAGUUCAGAGCCUCCGAGAUGACCGGCAUCCUGCUCUACAAUGGCCAAGAGGGCAAGAAGGACUUCAUCUCUCUGGCUCUGGUCAACGGCAAAGUGGAGCUCAAGUUCAAUACUGGUUCAGGCACAGGCACGCUGGUCAGCAAAGUGGAGAUCACUCAGGGCCGCUGGCAUCAGCUGGUCGUGACUCGCAACCGACGCAACGCCAUGCUGAGCGUGGACAACGAGCCACACAUCGAGGGCGAGAGUCCACGCGGAACAGACGGCCUCAACCUGGACACCCACCUGAUGAUUGGAGGAGUGCCCGAGGAAAUGAAGAAUGAUGUGAGGGAGAGGACCGGAGUGUCUGCAGGUCUGGUUGGCUGCAUCCGCCUGCUCGAUGUCAACAACCGUGUGCUCAACCUACAGGAGAGGGGCGGAGACAGCCUGUACGGCAGCAGCGUGGGCGAAUGCGGUAACAACCCCUGCCAGCCCAAUCCCUGCAAAAAUGGUGCUGCAUGCCAGGUUAAGGAGGCAGAGAUGUUCCACUGCAAGUGCAGUAAAGGAUUCUGGGGUCCAACUUGUGCUGACGUCCAUGACCCAUGCGAGCCCAACAGGUGCCAUCCAUCCUCCCAGUGUCAGGCGCUGCCCGAGGGAGGCUACAAAUGCGAGUGUCCCAUGGGACGUGAAGGCAAGCACUGCGAGAAAGUGGCUGAGAGGAGAGGGGCUUACAUGCCGCUGUUUGACGGGGACUCUUACCUGGAGCUGAAGGGGCUCCAUCUUUACGGGCAUGACCUGCGCCAAAAGCUCAGCAUGACGGUGAUUCUCAUGGCCAACAACUCCAACGGUUUGAUCUUCUACAACGGCCAAAAAUCUGACGGGAAAGGAGACUUUAUCUCGCUCUCCCUGAACGAGGGGAUCCUGGAGUUCCGCUACGACCUGGGGAAGGGCCCUGCUACCAUCAGGAGUAAGGAGCCGAUCCAGCUGAACGUGUGGAACACCAUCAACCUGGAGCGCUCUAACCGCAAAGGAGAGAUCAUGGUGAACAAGAAGGACCCGGUCCGAGGAGAGGCACCGAAAUCACGAAAGAACCUGCACGUAGAUCUUAACCUGAAAGAGUCUCUGUUUGUUGGCGGAGCUCCUGAUUACAGCCGACUGGCAAGAAGCGCUGCACUCACGGAGGGAUUCAAGGGAACAAUCCAGAAGAUUAUCCUGAUGGGCACCCCCAUCCUCAGAGAGGACAACGCCUUGCGCUCCAGUAACGUCGGCAUGUUUCAGGAGCACCCGUGCUCCCAGGAGCCCUGCCACAACGGGGGCCGCUGUAAUCCCCAGCUGGACACCUACGAGUGUGUGUGCCUGAGCGGAUUCUCAGGGGGCCACUGUCAGAACACCAUAUAUGAGAAGUCUGCAGGAGACACUGAAGCCAUCGCCUUUGACGGGCGGACGUUCAUCGAGUACCACAACGCUGUUACAAAGAGUGAGAAAGCCCUUCUGGUGAACAAGUUCGAGCUGAGCAUCCGCACAGAGGCGACACAGGGCCUGAUUCUGUGGAGUGGGAAGGGCGUGGAGCGAUCAGACUACAUCGCCCUGGCCAUCGUGGACGGACGCGUUCAGAUGACGUACGACCUGGGCUCCAAGCCCGUGGUGCUGCGCUCCUCAGUGCGCGUCAACACCAACCGCUGGAUACGCAUCAAGGCCAGCAGAGCACUCAGAGACGGCUCUCUACAGGUCGGCAAUGAGGCAGCGGUUACAGGGUCAUCACCUUUGGCAGCUACACAGCUGGACACAGACGGAGCGCUUUGGUUGGGUGGUCUGGAGGAGCUGGCGGUGACCCGUCGGUUGCCCAAAGCCUACAGCACCGGCUUCGUCGGCUGCAUCAAGGACGUGGUGGUGGACGGUGUGGAGCUCCACCUGGUGGAGGACGCCUUAAACAGCCCUAAAAUAUUACAAUGUCCCACCGCUAAAUAACCCGACGGAGACGAAACAUCAAGAAAAAUGAAAAAAAAAGAAACCUCCCCUCCCGUUCCCUCCAUAGCGCCCAUGUCUCCUGCUGUAAUUAUUUUCUAUUUUUGUAUACUUUUCAUCGCUUUUUAUAUGGAAAGAAAUUAAUAUGUCAUUUUUUUGUUUUAUAUAUUUUGUUCCUUUUAUUCUUCUGCACCUCCAUUCACAGAACACAUUUUUCUUUUUCUUUACCGCUCCCGGCCCUUCGUCUUUUUGAGUGCAGGCAUCUCUGUGAAAUUUUUAUUCUUGUCAGAUUUGUUGUUUUAGAACAAACACCAACUUUUUCAAAAGAGCCUGCUCCUUUUUCUUCGCGCUCAUUACUUGAACACUGGUGGACCUCGCAGAUGAUCUCUGGUUACUGCCUUGUCUUGGUGCCAUAUCUAUCGCCGACAUUCCCCAAGCAUGGCUUAUACAUCCAUGAAUAUAUAGACGUACAUUCCCCUGAGAGGGCUGGAUGCGGCGUCGCCUAGCGUGAGUGGAUCUUUGAUGCCAGCGUCUCCAGUCAACAAACUCUGUAUUUAGCCUCUGUAGCCCUCUGUAUUUUCCUAACGGGACUUUUCUGAUAUCAGUCAAGCUGCUACAGUGAGAAAGUACACGUUCAUAACCACUCGAUCAACGCCCAUCUCACAGCGCCUAAAAAAAAGAAAGAACUGUCCUCUCAAUCUGAAUCUCAUCAGAGCCU